AUGGCCUCGAGCUCUAUGCAGGACUCUGGACCUUAUGCCACCAUGAGCUGUGCUGGAGCCACAUACCCAAGCCACCCUGUGAGUGACAUAAGAAUCGAUGCCAUUGGAUCCCAGAGCUUUCUGCUGCACUGGUCAUUCCUGUCUUUUCAUCCAGAAUCUUUUGGUUCUCACCUGUCCAAAUCCAGCAUGGGUGUCACUCAAGUUAAACAAGGAUCAGAUGUACUCCUCUGUGGCUAUGGACUCCUGAUGCUGAUCCUCACGUCCCCACUGAACUGGGUACAGUUCCUGGUGACCAGCAAUGGCCUCGAGCUCUAUGCAGGACUCUGGACCUUAUGCCACCAUGAGCUGUGCUGGAGCCACAUACCCAAGCCACCCUAUUAUAUCCAAUAUUCCAGGGCUUGCUUCAUCCUUUCCACCCUUCCCAUACUCAGAGGCCUUGGCUGGCUCUUUAGCUCUUGCUUUCCUGAAAGAGAAAACAUGAUCACCAACUUGGAUCUGAAGGUAUCCAUGCUCAGCUUCAUCUCAGCCACCUGCUUGUUCUUCAGCCUCUACCUGUUUCUGCAACAGGUUCAAUGGCAUGCUAGGUGCGCCAUGGAUGUGGAUUUCCUAUGGCUCUAUUAUCUUAACUGGUUGAGUGACAACGUAUACAUGUGUGCUGGUGAGUCCCCCUCCCCCAGGCUCCACCCUAUGCCGGAAGGAUGAAAGGGGCCUCACUUCUGGAAAGGGAGGUAGAAUCUAGAAUAGACAGAGGCACCAUCUGUCCCAUUUAGAACAUUUACCCAUGGAGAGGCGGUCAGUAAUGGACGUGGAAGUCUAGAAUCUACAAUUAGCAGGCUGUGCUGUUUUUCCCCCACAGAAUGAGAUAAGGACAGGUUGCAUAACUUGCUUAAGAUCACAUAGAAAACAAGAGA